AGCCACUUCCGGGCGCGACACGGCGCGGGCGCGGGUGAGCAGGUGUUUCUACGGGCCGCCACGCCCGGCGUCAACCAGUGUGUGGGGACCUCUUGCCAUAAGUGGAUGCAGCUCGUCCAUGCGGGCCACGGUGCUUCCGAGUAGGGCAACGAGAGCCCUGCGAGUGCCGUGGGGCCGGGUAGGCCGGGACAGCGGCGAUGUAUCGGGGGCGCGGAGAGUUUGGGAAUCUGGAGCCUCAGAGCUGCCAUUAAAGAGACUCAGACAUGGAAAGCAAACCAUUGGUGAUAUCGAAGCAGAAGACUGAGGUGGUAUGUGGGGUCCUCACCCAGGUUGUGUGCACAGCCUUCAGCAGUCACAUCCUGGUGGUGGUGACCCAGUUUGGGAAGAUGGGUACUCUGGUCUGCUUGGAGCCCAGCAACGUGGCCAGCGACUUCAGCAAACCGGUGCUCACAACAAAAGUCCUUCUUGGGCAGGAUGAGCCUCUCAUCCACGUCUUUGCAAAGAACUUGGUAGCGUUUGUGUCUCAAGAAGCUGGAAACAGAGCGGUCCUGCUAGCCAUGGCCAUGAAGGACAAAAGCAUGGAGGGUGUGAAGGCCUUGAAGGAGGUGAUCCGGGUAUGCCAGGUGUGGUGACCUGGAGUCAGCAGCCACAUGCUAUCCAGAAAGACCAAUUGGAAACUCAGACACUCACUUGGUGACUUAAAGACCCUUCUCCCAUUAUAGCAGAGGGAAGAACUUUAUAUGGCUUUAGCACUUGAAGCCAGAAAAAAUAUUCAUGUCUCAGGCAGACUUUUACUCUGUUUGGUUACUGAUAUCUGUGUAUGGAGGGAAGAAGUGGAAUGUGUCUUGUGAGUCAUGAAUGGUUCUCCUUGGGGUCUAGAUAGUUGUUUAUAUUUGGUGUUUUUUUCUAAGUCAUACUUAUUCACAGCUGCCCAAAGCUGUGUGGUGGCUAUUAAAAAUACGG